CUUAUAUAUGCAAUAAAGUUUGCAAUUAGUCCUAUUUGAGUCAUUAACUAGAUCGAUAAAACUACUCUGCAUUCUUUAAAUAUCUUAUUCAGGUAUCGUUUUUCUGUUUUCCGGGUUUCUUGACCCAGGCAAGGUACGUCAGAUACGUACACCAUAUGUAGAGUUGAGGUGAAAUGGCAAUUGUAGCUGGUACAUCCCUGCAGUUAUUCCAGAGUUUGAAGCCAGGAACAAUGCCUAGAUUGCCUGCGCCUAGGCAUUUUCUUCCAUUUCCACCUUCCACUGGAUUUAAAUGUACUCGCCAUUGUGGAUUCAAUGUGAAGUUAUGCUGCUGCUGGCAUCAAUGGAGGAGAGGUGAUUUCGUGAAGUCGAGUGCCGGAACUUGUAAUCGGAUUCGUACAACAGCUAUAGUCAGGGAAAGAGGGGAGAAAGUCGAGGAUCAUUUAUUAUGUGAUGGUGAGGAUACUGGCAAUUCAAUUGGAAAGGAGGGUGCUAAUACUUCACCGAAGGUGCAAGAACGAGACUUUACAGGCACUCCUUAUGUCCCUGUGUAUGUCAUGCUACCUCUGGGUGUCAUAGAUAUGCAAUGCAGGCUUGUGGAUGCUGAUUCUCUGAUAGAGUACCUACGGAUACUGAAAUCGAUUAACGUUGAUGGUGUUAUGGUGGACUGCUGGUGGGGAAUAGUUGAAGCACAUGCUCCACAACUAUAUAAUUGGAAUGGCUACAGGAGACUUUUUCAAAUUGUGCGCGACUUGAAGCUUAAACUACAGGUGGUUAUGUCGUUUCAUGAAUGUGGUGGAAAUGUAGGCGACGAUGUACAUAUUCCCCUUCCAAAGUGGGUUGCAGAGAUAGGCCAGAAAAAUCCAGACAUUUUUUUCACAGAUAGUGAGGGAAGAAGAAAUCAUGAAUGCCUCACUUGGGGAAUUGACAAGGAGCGUGUUUUAAGAGGCCGAACUGCUGUGGAGGUUUACUUUGAUUACAUGAGAAGUUUUCGUAUAGAGUUGGAUGAGUUCUUUGAGGAUGGAGUUAUCUCUGAAAUUGAAAUUGGCCUGGGGCCAUGUGGGGAAUUGAGAUAUCCUUCUUAUCCAGCCAAACAUGGUUGGAGAUAUCCUGGUAUUGGUGAAUUUCAGUGCUAUGAUAAGUACCUGAUGAAGAGCUUGAAAAGAGCUGCAGAUGUCAGGGGUCACUCGUUUUGGGGUAAGGGUCCUGAUAAUGCAGGUUCAUACAACUCCACCCCACAUGAAACUGGGUUCUUUCGUGAUGGAGGUGAAUAUGAUAGUUACUACGGCAGAUUCUUUCUAAAAUGGUACAGUCAAGUUUUGAUUGACCAUGCUGAUCGUGUGCUUUCCCUGGCAAAUUUGGCCUUCGAGGACACUUCUAUUGCUGCAAAGCUUUCAGGUAUCCAUUGGUGGUACAAAACAGCUAGCCAUUCAGCUGAGUUGACUGCUGGGUUUUACAACUCGUGCAACCGUGAUGGGUAUGCUCCUAUCGCAUCAAUGUUAAAGAAGCAUGAUACUGCUUUAAAUUUUACGUGUGUUGAGUUGCGUACAAUAAACCAGAACGAAGACUUUCCUGAAGCAUUAGCUGAUCCUGAGGGGUUAGUUUGGCAGGUGUUAAAUAGUGCAUGGGAUGUAAACAUAUCAGUUGCGAGUGAGAAUGCACUUCCUUCUUAUGAUAGAGAAGGCUACAACAAGAUUCUGGAAAAUGCAAAGCCAUGGAAUGAUCCAGACGGAAGACACUUAUCAGCUUUCACAUACCUCAGGCUAAGUCAUGUUCUCAUGGAGAAUGACAAUUUCCUUGAGUUUGAGCGGUUUUUAAAGAGAAUGCAUGGGAAACCAUUGUCCAAUUAGAAACAGUUAUCAGCUUGAAGACCUUAGAGUGCACAUUGCCUGGGAAACUGCACUGGAAAUGUGAACCCUCUUAUAUUAGACUAAUAAUAAUAAGAGGGUUCCUAACAAAAUGAGCAGGCAUUUGGGUUAACAGUCAUUUGAGAUAAAAGAUAUGCAACCAUUGCGAGAGUUCUGCUAAAUAUGAAGUGAGCAUUGGGAUUAAUGCCCGGUUGAUGUUAUUGUGUCUACUUUUAAAAAGUUAUGUUUUGGAUUAAGGUGUCCUGAUUGUAGUUUUGCUUGUUGUUCUUUGUCCAACUAAAUCUGAGAAGCUUUAGUUGUUCUCGUGAUUAAGCUUUUGUUGUUCUUCACAAUGCUGGAGGUUUGAAUCUGAGCGCCAUUACAAACUUGAAUAUGAAAACUGCAGAGAAGCUUCUGGCUCCCUCAGGAAGGCCGAUGUUAACAAUGAAGCCUUGUGAAGGUAUGGGGGCCUCCUCCACAGGAUGUCUAUCCCUGAAACAGUGCACUGUGAUGCCAUAUGUUAACGGGACAUGUAUAGUUGGUGGGUCCGCCUUUGGCUAGAAUUUUAUAGUCUAUCCUGGAGAUACAAUGGUGUACUAUGGCAGAAAAAUAGAGUUGUUCCUGCAACCCCAAAAUCUCAACAAGCUGUGUCAUCACAAAAUACUGUAUUUUUUUUCUUUUUCUGUUUUCUUCCCCAUGUAAGAAUGCAGGAUAAUGUGAGCGAUCAAUUUGGUAUACAAUUUUAUUGUAUGGUUUUGUUUCCCCUUAUCUAGGUUGUUAACAUCAUG